CAGCUGUGCCCGUCUCAGCCGCGGCACACGCCUCUUUCUCCUCCCUCCGGUUUUGGGCUCCAGUCUGUUCUUGGUCUGCUUGCAUGGGUCGAUUAACGGGUCGCUUGUUUGUUGGCUUCACCACUGCGCUCAUCUGCUUCAUUGCAUACUCGUCGCAGAUUUUUGUCGUCUGGCCUUGGUAUGGCCGUGUACUCUCCAUUGAGCUGCUUACACUCCUCGUCCCUUUCAAUGCCUUGGUGGGGAUGCUGUUGUGGAACUACUACCUGUGCGUCGUAACAGACCCAGGCAGAGUGCCACCCGGAUGGCAACCAGACGUCCAGGAUAACGAUGGCUAUGAGGUCAAGAAGCUCACUCGUGGACCGAGAUACUGUCGAACGUGUGACGCCUUUAAGCCACCCCGCGCACACCAUUGUAGGCAGUGCAAACGCUGUAUCUUACGCAUGGAUCAUCACUGUCCCUGGGUGAACAACUGCGUCGGUCACUUCAACUACGGGUAUUUCUUCCGGUUCCUCUUCUACGUAAACUGUGCUUGCUCGUACCAUCUGGCAAUCCACGUACGACGCAUUUAUGUGGCCACACAAACAUGGGAGAACUUCGAGAGUUCAGAGAUGAUAUUCAUCAUCUUGAACAUGGCAACUUGCAUACCUGUCUGGCUUGCUGUUGGCGGCUUCAGUUUGUAUCACUUCUACCUGUUAUCAGGUAACAGUACCACAAUUGAAGGCUGGGAGAAGGAUAAGGUUGCGACCCUCGUACGACGUGGCAAGAUUCAUGAGAUCAAAUUCCCCUAUAAUUUGGGAUUGUGGCGUAACAUUUGCUCUGUACUUGGCGACUCGCCGCUAUGGUGGUGCUGGCCGACUGUCACGCCGGGAACAGGCCUCAAGUAUCAACUCGCCGAAGGCGAUGACCCCGAUGCUGAAAACUGGCCUCCCGAGGAUCCCACUCAUGUGCCCAUGCCCGAACCCGACCCCAACCACAAGUUCAGCCUCCCCUCAAGCCCCUGGACGUAUCAAAACGGCUCCGUCAACCCGUAUCUACAGCCCUCCAACGCCCGCCGCCGCCAAACCACCCGCAACGGCCCCUACUCCGCCCUCCCGCCAUAUCACCCUGACUAUCGCGAGCCCGAAGCUGUUGUCCCGUAUGAUCCUGCGUCGUCUAGUGAAGACGAGUACGACAACUCUAGGAGUGGCAUCCGUGUACGGAGGGGCUCCGAGGGUUACGAGAUCAAGUCGAUCAACAGGGAGGCGAUCAUGCAGGGGUUUAUCGAGGAUAGGACGCGCGAGCCUGGGCGGUAUAAUUACUACGAUCCCGAGGUUAGCAGUGAAAGCGAAGCUGAGGAGGACCCGGACGACUCGGUGCCUCUCGCCGCGAAGUUGCAGAGCUAAUAGCUGAUCUCUAUUGAUGCUUCGAUAUUGGUUGUAAUGUGGAGUGUUGUAUGCGGACCAACGGGAUACUACUAUCAUUAUUUGAAUCGUACAACAUCACUAAUUCACA